AAGAGCUUUUGAACUGCCCGCAGACCCUGUCGUUCCCCAGCAGUCCCAGCAGCAAGAGUGUUUGAACUGCCCGCAGACCCUGAAGUCCAUUCCCUGAUCACAGCCCGCAAGAUGUCGCGAGGUCUCGUGCUUCUCAUCGUCGCCGCGGCAGCAGCGUCGACGCAGGCUGCCUGGUCGGCAUGCACUACGGCGUUGUAUGAGGCCAGAGAGGCUUUAAAAACAGCGGGGUCUGCUUGCUUAUCACAGUACAGUGCGGAUAUUGAGAAAUAUGUUGCAAACCCGAACUGUACUUCCUCCGAUCUAUGGUACGGCGAGGAUACAUGUAAUGCAAUUGUUGCUAACGCCAUGAAGUGCAUCGUGAAAGCUGUCAAACUUCUGAAGGCAGACAACACGUUCGACGACGCGGCCUUCAAAGCAACCACAUUGAAGAAUAAAUGCAGCGCUGACGCCAAGUUCAUUGCCGCGUACCCGAAGUGCAGGAACCACACCAUGAAAUAUUGGAGGUUGGACCAACUAUGCAACUGCCUCACAUAAUGCCGUAGUAUCCACCGGGUGAUGUCACGGAAGAACAUGGACGGGUGAUGUCACGGAAGAACAUGGACGGGUGAUGUCUCGGAAGAACAUGGACGGGUAAUGUCACGGAAGAACAUUGAAAUGAGCCAGAAGACGACGAACUGAGCAUCAGAAUAUUUUCUUCUUCAGUAACCCAUUGAUUUCCGCCUAGAUGGAUUGCUGACGAGAAAAUUGUAAUUGUUGCAGUUUUGAAUUCGAUAUUUCUUUGAUUGUGUGUGUGGCUGCGUGUUUUAAUCUUUAGUUUACGGAUUUUUUACAAUUGAGCUUCACUCGCUCUUCCCCAUAAAUAAAAGAUUCAGGAAAAGGAUAGUAGGAUGCAUGCAUUUACUAUACCCACUUCACUGUACAUUUAUCAGUUUGCAUACAUUAUUCACGAGUUAUAUAGUUAUAUUAUUCACGAGUUUCUGGGAUAUAAUCUACAUCUAUAAUGUAACAAUACAAUACAUGAUUUGAAUGCA